UAAGGAGGUGAGGGCCCCUCCAGAGCAGACCCCUGCUCAGCCCACGGCACAGUCUCACCCCAGAAGUUCCCCACCUUUGCCCACUGCUCCUUGCCCAGUCACGUCCAGGGUCCUCUGAGCAGGAAGCACCUGCGCAGACCCCCUCAGAGCCACUGUGGGGUGGCCCGUGAGCGCUGAAAGAGACAUGGGCUUGUCCACGAGGCUCUGAGGCUCCUCCCCUUGCGGGGGGACGGGUUGCUGCGGCAGAAUCUCCCACUGCUCUGAAGUCUGGGCCUCAACUCAAGACCCCACUGAGGAGGCUGUGGCCUACAGUUCUGCCCCUCAGUGGGGGCAGAGGCAGUGAUGGGGGUGGAGGGCCCAGGCCUCCUAGCACCUUGUCACUCUUCCAUCCGUGGACAGAGCCAGGCAUGGCGGAGGAGGUAUGGGUGGGCACCUGGAGGCCCCAUCGCCCCCGGGGACCCAUCAUGGCCCUCUACAGCAGCCCCGGACCCAAGUACCUGAUUCCACCCACCACAGGCUUCGUGAAGCACACGCCUGACAAGCUGCGUGCACCGGCCUACAGCUUCCACGGGGCCCCCAUUCUCCUGGCAGAGAACUGCUCCCCGGGGCCCCGCUACAGCGUGAACCCCAAGAUACUGAGGACUGGCAAGGACAUCGGCCCCGCCUACUCCAUCCUGGGGCGCUACUGCACUAAGACCACGCUGACCCCCGGCCCUGGCCACUACUUUCCAGAGAAAUCUACCAAGCAUGUGUUCGACUCGGCGCCCAGCCACUCCAUUUCUGCCCGAACCAAGACCUUCCGAGUGGACAGCACCCCAGGCCCCGCUGCCUACAUGCUGCCCGUGGUGAUGGGGCCCCACACUGUCGGCAAGGCCUCCCAGCCCGCCUUCUCCAUCAAGGGCCGCAGCAAGCUGGGCAGCUUCAGCGACGACCUGCACAAGACCCCAGGUCCCGCAGCCUACCGCCAGACCGAUGUCCAGGUGACCAAGUUCAAGGCUCCACAGUACACCAUGGCUGCCCGAGUGGAGCCCCCGGGGGACAAGACCCACAAGCCAGGACCAGGAGCCCACAGCCCUGAGAAGGUGACAGUGACCAAGCCCCGCGCCCCGAUCGUCACCUUUGGCAUCAAGCAUUCUGACUACAUGACACCCCUGGUCGUGGACGUGGACUAGCCCUGGCCCCGCCCCACCCGUCACGCUAACUAAGCCUCUGCACAUCAUGUCCCCCCAACAACAGAUUCCCUGAGCUGAGGGCUUUGGGCGGCUCCUCUACCAGCUGGGCUGCAGCCGGCCUGGCCCUGCAGGGCAGAGCAUGCUUGCUCGGACAG